CCGGCGCGAGAGCGAGCGUGGUUGAGAGUUUUGUCCUUCAGUGAGGCUGAAAAAUCAAACAAAUAACUCAGAAAUAUCAGCCUAAUGGCAGCGAUAUAAUACAGUAAAUACUGCGAGACGUGUCUUCUUAAAGUUUACAGCUAUGGCGAAUGUCAAACAGAAGAUUUUAUUCAAAAAUAAAGAAGUUUCGACCGUUAACAGUUCUGACGGGACAUCAAGGAGUUUGGAAAAGACUGGAAGACCAAACCGACAGAAAGAAAAGAUAAAUGGACUGAAAGACAGAGCCCAGGAUUUCAGGAAAUCUGUAAUUGAUUCACUGGAAGAGGACAUCCGAGAUUUCCUCAUCAAUGAAGCAGAACUUCACACGUAUGACGACCUCACUAAAGUCAACCCGGUUACACCUUCUACAGUGCUGAAAUGUCUGCAGGCCAGGUACAGUGCAAAGGUUUUCUACACACAUGCUGGCUGCACGCUGGUCGCCCUCAACCCCUUCCAGCCCGUCCCUCACCUGUACUCUCUGGAUGUGAUGAAGGAAUAUCACUCCGCCCCUCAACCUCAGGAGUUUAAGCCACACAUCUUCAUCGUAGCAGAAGAGGCUUAUAGGAACGUGCAAGGCCAGGUGGAGCCCAUGAACCAAUCGCUGGUCGUCUCUGGAGAGAGCGGAGCUGGGAAGACGUGGACGUCACGCUGUCUGAUGAAGUAUUAUGCCACUGUGGCGGCCUCUUCUCAGAAGUGCCAGGACACCGUAGAGAAGAUCGAAAGACGAGUACUGGGCUCCAAUCCGCUCAUGGAGGCGUUUGGCAAUGCCUGCACAUUACGCAAUAGUAACAGCAGUCGCUUUGGAAAAUACAUUCAGCUUCAGCUCAAUGGCUCUCAGCUGCUGGUUGGGGCAUCAGUGCAGACGUAUCUCUUGGAGAAAACCAGAGUGGCUUUCCAAACUCCAAAUGAGAGAAAUUUUCACAUAUUUUACCAGAUGAUGAAAGGAGCCACAGAGAAACAGAGACUUGAAUGGAUGCUGCCUUUGGAUCAAGACUUUGCUUGGUUGCCACAUGCUGAGAAAACCUUAGAAGAAGACUGUUUGCAAGAGACUGUGGAAGCCAUGAUCAAUCUUGGCAUUGAUGAGAGUAAACGUAGACAGAUUUUCAGAAUCCUUGCAGGUCUUCUGCAGCUGGGGAACGUGGACUUCAGGCCUGCAUCAGAAGAGGCUCAGACGUGUGAUCUUGAUGAACGCUCCAAAGGUUUCCUUCAGAAAACCGCUGACCUGCUGCAUGUACCGUUAGACGAGCUGGAGUCGUGUCUGACCGUGAGAACUCUGCGCGCUGGAAAACAGAACGUCCUCAAACCUUGCUCUCAGUCGGAGUGCGGCGUCCGCAGAGACUGUCUUGCUAAAGCAAUUUACGCACGGCUGUUUGACUGGUUAGUCAGAUUCAUAAACAACAGUAUGUGUGCAGACAGUUCCAUGUGGUGCAACUUCAUUGGUCUGCUGGAUGUGUACGGUUUCGAAUGCUUCCUCCUGAACAAUCUGGAGCAGUUGUGUAUUAAUUACGCUAACGAGAAGCUGCAGCAGCACUUUGUGGCUCAUUACCUGAAAGCCCAGCAGGAGGAGUAUGUGACCGAGGGGCUGCAGUGGUCUUUCAUACGGUACCAAGACAACCAGGGCUGCCUGGACCUGAUUGAAGGCAGUCCCUCCAGUAUUUUCUCCCUGCUCAAUGAGGAGUGUCGUCUGAACAGAGCAUCGGAUGCGAAGCAGUUUUGUGUGCGUCUGCAGAAGGAGCUGUCAGAUAACGCCAGCAUCAGCUGGGACAAAUUCAGCAAACAGCCCCAUUUCACUGUGGCCCAUUACGCAGGCAAAGUCAGCUACCAGAUCGAGGGCAUGAUGGAGAAGAACAAGGAUCCAGUUCCCCCUGAGCUCAUCAGUCUCCUGCAGAAUUCCCAGGAUUCAUUGCUGCACAGUCUUUUUGCUGACGGUGACCGUGAGAGUGAGGGUUUGCGAGGACACAGUAAAGUGGCCACUGUCGUCUCUAAAUUUAGGAACUCUCUUGAAAGCCUGAUGAAGAUUUUACACAGCACCACACCACACUACACACGCUGCAUCAAACCCAACCCCGACUGCAGACCGCUCACCUUCAAAAGGGAAGAGGUUAUCGCUCAGCUUGAGGCCUGUGGGAUAGUGGAGACCAUAAACAUCAGCGCAGCAGGAUUUCCCAUCAGGAUCCCAUAUGGCAGUUUCCUCCAAAGAUACGGGCUGAUCACAAACACCAGACUAACUGCACAAAUCAACCAAAUACACAGCCCUGAGAUGAGCAGUCAGACGGUUCUGAGUUCUGCAGUAGAGGAUGUGCUUAAUGUGGUCCUCAAGAGACGUGCCACACACUCCACCCUCAGCCCUGAUGACAUCAACAUGCUGCACUGUGGCAGGACCAAAGUCUUUCUCACACACUCUCUGUUGGAGAUGCUGGAGGAGCACAGGAACAGGGUGCGCUCACAGAAGGCGUUCUGUAUCCAGUGUUGCUGGCGCAGGCACCAGACCCGUCAGCAUAACCUCAAGAGACAGGCUGCCACACGCUUACAAGCAGGUGUGAGAUCCUGGCUGGUCAAAAGAGAGAUUUGGAAAUGGCACAAAGCUGCAUCAGUCAUCCAGACCAGAUGGAGGCGCUGGAGGGCGUGGAUGGAUGCGUUAGCUGAGGCAGAGCUGGAUGAUGCUGAGGAUUUCAUGGAGAACGAAGCAUCAUGUGUGUCUCCGAAGCUGGAUCCUCUGCUGAAGGAGAGAGGCUCUGUGCAGCUCUCCAGCAUCCAGGAGCCUGUGAUGGUCAGAGGAUGGCCCAUCGGUCUGGUCAUGGCCUCUGCUCCCAGCGUCACCGUCUCUCUGACAGCCACGGGUUUCCAGCAGAUCAAGUCUAUGAUGGCGUGUCUGAAGAUCCCAUUCAGAAACGGUGAAUACAAAGUAAAGACCAACCAGUUUGACCAGGGAGUGGCGUCUAUCAGAGCUCAGCCGCGGGGCUCCAUUAAGAUGCAUCUCCAGAGAUCUCCGCUGCUGUACGCUGACAUGCACCCAGUGAAUAAGACAGACGUGGUGACCGGAUUCAACCAGAUCCUGCUGGAGGACAGGGCCUGAGAUUUCAUGCAAUCAAUGCACCUUUGAAUACACUACAUUAAGUGAUAUGAAACAUUUAGCUGCCUUACUGUUAGUGCAAUUCAGUGUUUAGUUGUAUUUAAAAGUGCCUUUUAAUUCUGCUCUGCGUUCAAUCAGUAAACACUAGUUUUUUUUAAAUAACUAGUACUUUAUACAACAGAGCUUUCAUUUUAUACUAGAGUGAUCUGUCAAGAUUAAAACUGGGUCUCUUGCACAACUUAAAAAAUAUUUGUAGAUGAGAUUUUAGUUUUUGGUCUAAAGUUAUUUAUAAUAUGCUGCUAAAUAUACCAAAUCGUGUAAUUCAAAACCUUGCAUUUGAUUUCCAUUAAUAUCAGUGUACACAAACUGAUUAAAAAAACAGACUUGUGACAUUGUGAUGCUAUAAUUAUAUUAGUAAGUUAUAAUGAUACUGUAGAGAGUAUAGUAUUCAUAAAAAUUAUGAAGUAAUUCAUAAUUAAUUAUUCAUUGCACAAUGUAAGACUUGAAGCACUUUAAGGUAAGCCGUGGUUUCUGCAUUGCUGUUGAUGCUCUUACCAAAGCAAACUGAAUUAAUUAAAAUACUAUUUGCAUAUGUAUCUGUAGUUCUGUAGUAUUAUGCUAUUUUAGACCGAAAUGUAUUUUCGAACACCAACCACUCAAAAGCACAACACAUUUCUCUUUAAAUGUGAGUUUUUGGUUAUGAAACACUGAAUUGCAUGUGCAAACUGCAUUUAUGAUAAACAAUAAUCUAUAUCUAUGUGUAUUUAUACUCUCAGGGUGUUAAUCAGCAAAACAUGUGACAACUCAUAGUACUACUUUAACCAAUCCAAGACUUGUCAAACUUUAAUGACAAUAAAUAUCUUUAGAGACUU